AUGGCCACCGACCUCGCCAUGAGCGCAGAGCUGCCCAACAGCCCCCUGGCCAUCGAGUACGUCAACGACUUCGACCUGAUGAAGUUUGAGGUGAAGAAGGAGCCCCCCGAGGCUGACCGAUACUGCCACCGCCUCCCGCCGGGUUCCCUGUCCUCCACUCCGAUCAGCACACCCUGCUCCUCCGUGCCUUCGUCGCCGAGCUUCUGCGCCCCGAGCCCGGGCGCCCAGCCGAACCAGAGCCUCCCCAGCGGGGUCAACGGCAGCAGCAACAACAGCAGCGGCAACAACAAUCAGAACACCACGGGCAAGCCCCAGCUGGAGGACCUGUAUUGGAUCCCCAGCUACCAGCACCACAUCAACCCAGAGGCGCUCAAUCUGACCCCGGAGGACGCCGUGGAGGCCCUCAUCGGUAACGCGCACCACCAUCACCAUCAUCACCAGGCCUAUGAGAGCUUCCGCGGGCAGCAGUACGUGGGGGAGGAUCUGUCCACGGCUUCAGCGGCUCACCACCACCAGGCCCAUCACCACCACCACCACCACCACCACGGCCACCACGCCCGCCUGGAGGACCGCUUCUCGGACGAGCAGCUGGUCAGUAUGACAGUGCGGGAGCUGAACCGGCAGCUGCGGGGCUUCAGCAAAGAGGAGGUCAUCCGUUUGAAGCAGAAGAGGCGCACCUUGAAGAACAGGGGUUAUGCGCAGUCCUGCCGCUAUAAGCGUGUGCAGCAGAGGCACAUGCUUGAGACCGAGAAGUGCACCCUGCAAAGUCAAGUGGAGCAGUUGAAGCAGGACGUGGCUCGGCUCGCCAAGGAGAGGGAUCUUUACAAGGAAAAGUACGAGAAGCUGGCCAGCCGGACCUACAAUGCUGGUGGACCCGCAAACACAAGAGAUCCGUCCACUGGCAACCACGGGAAACAGGCCAACAAUGAGUUCUUCAUGUGAGAGACUAAUGAUUUGUUGCAUAGACUCUUAAUUACAUCCCCACCUAGUCACCCACCCCAAACUUCCUUUUAACUAUUAUUUAUAUUUCUCUCUCAGUUUGUAUUUUGUUUACAGUUAUUCCCUCAAGAAAAGACUAUACAUUGUAUAA